GCCCAACUGCCCAAAGGACCAAAAUUAACAAAAGACAUCUUUGGAGCAACUCCCAUCGCUGCUUCGCCGUCCAGUAGGCGCCAGCACCAUAGCACGCUUCAUCAGUCAUCACCUCAAGCCCAUCGGCCGGUUGUCUGCUCUCCGCCACUCACCUCCAGCAGUCGCCGACUCCCAUCGCGGCUUCGCCCUCCAGCAGGCGCCAGCACCAUAGCAGGCUUCGUCAGUCAUCACCUCAAGCCGGUCGCCCGGUUUCCUGCUCUCCGCCACUCCCCUUUCGGCGGUUUGGCCAAUCGUCCCUUCUCAAAUUUCACAUUUCGUAGUUCCGUGUUUGAUCCGGUCCAAUUCGUCUCAUCAAGGGCUCAUCUGACGGUCGUACGUUAUACUGUAGCGGCUAUAGUGCUCUCUCCGUUUCCAUAUCCUCUUCUCCUUAGGCCGGACACACUCUGCACUCUGCACCACGUGGUUCGUCUUGAGCAGUGAAUAGAUCAAGGUUAGGGAGUUAGAGGGUGUUGUUGAGUUGAGCAGUGAAUGAACUUUGCCAAUUGCUCCUCACUCUAAAGAGUUUGCUGCAAAAGAAUGAAUUGAAAUCUUUCCAACUCUUCAAUAUUCUAAUUUGUUAAAGAUGAAAGUGAAAAAGCAAAAGCGCCAUAGGAGAGCAGUCAGGUUUUACGCGGCUUGUUAUGGUUUCAGAGAGCCGUAUAAAAUUCUUUGUGAUGGAACUUUUGUGCACCAUUUGAUUUCCAAUCGAAUCACUCCUGCUGAUACUUCACUCGCUAAUACUCUUGGUGCCACUGUUAAACUUUUUACCACCAGAUGUGUAGUUGAAGAGUUGAAGAGACUUGGGACCUCUUUCUCUGAGUCACUCAAUGCAGCCCGUAGUCUUUUAACUGCAAGAUGUGAUCACGAAAGCAGGAGAAGUGCUGUAGCUUGCAUAACAGAGAUCAUUGGAAAAGACAACCCUGAACACUUUUUUGUUGCUACACAAGAUGCUGAUCUAAGGAAAAAUCUUAUGCAGAUACCUGGCGUUCCUUUAAUUUAUGCACUUAGGAAUGCUUUGUUUCUUGAACGGCCUUCCACUUUUCAACAGAAGUUUGCCAAGAUGGCCGAAGAAGGGCGUUCACAUAUGACUGAGAAAGAGUAUAAAGCUCUAAACAUUAAGAAAAAGAGGAAGUUUUUUGACCACAAAGCUAUUGAUGCCUCCAAUGGAAGUGGAGAAGAGACAGGCCAUGACUUAGAGGUCAAGAGUGUCAAGAUGGAUGAUGAAAGAAAACGAAGCGACAUCAAGGACAAUAAAGUUCAAUUUAAAAGAAAGAAAGCCAAGAACCCAAAUCCACUUUCUGUCAAGAAGAAGAAACCUAAACAUGUGAAUGCAGUAGCCGCCUCAGAAAAGAACUCAGAUCCACUUUCUGUCAAGAAGAAGAAACAUAAACAUGUGAAUUCAGUAGCUGCCUAAGAGAAGGUAUAUUUAUUCUGAAUGCGAGUUUUGGCAUCCCCAUUCAAAUUGUAUCACCUUCAGACUUGAGUCAUUUUGAUUAAGCACCUCAGAACACAAUUGGAUUAAUCAUAUAAAUGUAUAUUCACUCUCUCUUAAGUUUUCAAAAGCACAUUUGGUUAUUGAUCAUGGGGUUUACUUCAUUGCACAACGUCAUUAAAUUACAUGAUUGAAUUUAACAUCAAAUGGGUGAUAUGUUGA